UUGAUAACAUCCAUGAAAGAUCGCGAGAUCUUUCAGAAGUUGUGUACAAAAAGUAAUUUCAACUUCCAGUUUUGAACUAUAUAUUUAAUCAUUGUAUUAUAAAAGUUUAUAGUUUGAAAAGUAUCGUUCAAAUUUUAUUUAUUUUUUUAAAUAAUUGUAUAUAAUCCUUAACAUAAUAUAUCGUUUUAAUUACUUUUAAUUAUGGCUGAAGAGGAAUCAAGUUUGAAACCAUCUUAUCCAUUGAAAGUGUUGUACUGUGGAAAUUGUUCACUUCCUCCUGAAUAUUGUGAUUUUUCUUCAGACACUGAUCGUUGUAGGGAAUGGUUAGAAAAAUAUUUACCAGAUGAAUUUAGUAGACUGAUGACAUCAAGUGGGGCUGCUGGUGGAGAUGAUUCUGAUGAGAAAAAACGUCAAAAACGUGGCGGUAAAGGUAUGGUAAAGUCAAAGAAGAAAGACGAAGGACCUAAACAAGUAUGUCUCUCCAGAGCACCAAGAGGCAAGAAGAAAUCUGUUACAGUAGUCACUGGCUUGAGCACAUUUAAUAUUGAUUUAAAAGUUGCCGCUAAAUUUUUUGGUACUAAAUUUGCUUGUGGAUCAAGUGUGACUGGUGAUGAUGAAAUUGUCAUACAAGGAGAUGUGAAAGACGACUUGUUUGAUAUUAUACCUGAAAAAUGGCCAGAAAUUGAUGAAGAUUACAUUGAAGAUCUUGGAGAUCUUAAACGGUAAUCAAAAUAAGAAGAUCAUUAUUAUUUCAAACAAAAAAUUUUCAAAUGCUGAACUUAGUGUUUGACAAUAUCCAAUUCUCAAUUUAUUGUCUACAUAAAAUAAUUGAAUUAAAGAAACUAAUAUAAUUCAGAUUAUUUCCAUUCA